GAAGCACAUGCAAUCAGGAUUUGGAGGAACUGUGAGCACAAGUGGUGGUCCUGAGGAAAGCAGCGUGAUGCAAGAGAUGUUGCUGUGAGGGUCGCACACGCUGUACUUGGAUCUGCCCUUUAGCCUGUGUACAUGGCAUAGGGCUAUUGGGGAUUUUUUUUUUCUUUUCCCUGUCAUUUGUAUGUGCUUUGUCAGCCUGAGGAAACCAAGGAGGAACCCAGGACUAUGAGUGCAGAGUGUUCUAGUUAUACUACAGCUGAGAAGGUGGUGGUAGGUGCUUUCAGCUGUCCCAAGGCAGACAGUGACAUGGGUGCCAUAUACUGCUGUGGAUUUAAGGACAUAAAGUAUUGCUGUGAUGAUCCCAAUAGCUUUUUCCCGUACGAGCACAGCUACAUGUGGUGGUUAAGUGUGGGAGCUCUUGUUGGCCUGUCCAUAGCAGCCGUGGUUCUGCUGGCAUUUAUCAUUACUGUGUGUGUGCUCUGCUAUCUGUUUAUCAGCAACAAACCACACAACAAGUUGGACACCGGUCUGAGCCUACAGACAACAGGGACAGAGCAAAAUUCCUUAGAAGGUCCAAGCAGAUCCAGCCAAUCAGUUGCACCCAAUGGUUUCAAACGUCAUUUUCUGAGCCAUAAACUGGACUGUGACAACCAACCACAAGAUCCAGACAGACUGUUUCAGAGAUGUUUCCUUGCUACUGUGACCACAAUCAAUGUACAAGGACCUUCAUGA